AGUACCUCUCUAUGUGAGCCUGCCCCAAACAAAAAGAGAUAUGCACAGAGCUUGUAAAGCUUGAUAUCUGGUCUAUCAACCUUGCAAAAGAGUAUUUAUACAAAUGUGUUAGUGUGUGCACACAAUAUAGAUCCUUCCUGUAAGUGUCUGGAACCAGAACCUGUGCUCAGGAGGCCAAGAAAACAACAUUCUUUCACCAACGCGAUUCAGGACGAUUACAUGAUGGGCUACCAACUGAGCUGUCAUAGGCCCCAGCGGGACCUGAAAGGGAUGAAGCCACCGAAGGGGCGACCAAUCACACCCCCAGACAGCCUGCACAGCAAUCAGGUCAACAUAAACACAGCAGCUGAGGAGGAGCUGAUGACCCUGCCGGGCAUCAACCGGACACUGGCACACAAUGUGGUGCUGUACCGUGACAGGAUUGGGGGCUUCCGCAAGAUUGAGGACGUGGCGCUGGUGACAGGAGUUGGGGCCACUAGGCUGCAGCAGAUAAGGUCCGAGAUCUGUGUGGGGGACAUGGUACCGCAGCAGUUGGAUAUCAAGGUUGGCCUGGGGACUACCAGGCCACAGAUAAGACCUCUGUUUAGUACGGAAGACCGAGAGCGCUCCCGCUCCAUGGACUAUCUGAACCUCCUCUCCUGUGCCCAGCUGAACAUCAACCUUGCCUCAGAGGAGCAGCUCACUGACUUGCUUGGGGUCUCCAAAGAGCUGGCCCACCGAAUCGUCCACAACCGGCCAUAUCGACACGCAGAUGACCUGCUGCGGGUAACCGGAAGCAGUGCCUUCUCCUUGACUCCUAUCAACUCCAGGCUCAGUGCUGCCUUCCUGAAGCCCGUCACCAUGUCUACCUCCACCUCCACACAGCUGUGCACUGCCCUACCUUCCUUCUGCAGUCUGCAGGACCUGAGACUGAACCCUGGCCUCUGUCCUCGCACCCCUUCGCUGUGCUCCCCACAAGCAGCUUUCACUGGCUGUUUUGAUGGCAGGAAGGUGAUUCGUAUUGGCACUUGGAACCUGCAGGGGCUUAACUUGGACAAGGUCAACAACCCAGGCGUGAGAGAAGUCAUCUGCAUGACCCUACUUGAGCAUGGGAUCAAACUAUUGGCCAUCCAGGAAGUGCUGCAUGAAGAUGCCUUAGAUAAGCUCUGUCUGGAGUUCGAGAACCCCACCAUAACUGCACUGCAGGAAUGGAAAGCUAGCCGGGGCAGUUGGAAGUAUGUGUUGCUGGAAAAUCCACCUGGAGAGGAAGAAAAGGAGGUAGAGCGUGUGGCCUUUUUCUGGGACAGCAGCAUUGGCCUUGAACUACAUCAGGCAGUCAGCCUAGAGGUGCUGUUUGAGCAGAACAAUGGGUAUCAGCCGUACCAUCAACCUGUGUUGGCGCACUUCAAGAUGGGAGAGCUCUCACUCAACCUCAUCAAUGUCCAUCUCAGGGCAAGCCAGUAUCCUGGACUCGUGACUGAUGACAGCAACAAAGCCCUGGACAUGGAUGCCCUCCAGCCACACAUAACAGAACAGAAGCAGCUCAUCAUUCUGGGGCACUUUGGUUUGCAGCCCGAUGCCACGGAAUUCAACCUACUUAGAGACCACAACUUUCACCACUGUGUAGCCAAUGACACCUUCACCAACAUCAGCAGCAAGAGCAAAAAUGGUGAUGUCUCCCAGGACAAUAUCUGGUGGAACCAUCUAGCCCAGACUGCCUACACAGGAAGAUGGGGAGUGAUCCGCCAAGGUCUCAGCAGUCCCUGGAUACCAGAUGGUUGGAAAUGGGGAGGAAUUGUCUCUGAACACUGUCCAGUUUGGAUUGAGUUCUUCGUUGAUUAGAGAUGAAGCAGAUACACUGGAUUUCCAUUAAUUCAGCCAUUGGUUAUUCGGGGCAGCUGCCUACUUGGAACAACUCUUAAAGAACAAAAACCCAUUGAGCAAAUAGCCAGGACUUCCUUCAUUUAUUUGGGACUCUAUACCACUUAAUUGAGGCAUGAGACUGUUGUCAAACUGUAUCUAAUUAGUGCCAGUUGCAUACAUUGGCAUGGCCAAUUACACCAUUCUCAAAGCAAAUAGUUUCUAAAUAGCUUCCAUUGUGUGUGUUUAUGGCCAAAAAUCAGUGAUUUUUCUCACUGAUUGUUGGUGAGUAAGACAAUUCAGAACUGUUUUGUUCAUUAUCAUUUCAAGCAAUCAGGCUUGGGGAUGCCAGAAAUGGCAGGGGUGAAAAUAUAUUGAUUACAUCUCUUCAACAAAUUAGGAACUAUGAAGAAUUUGAAGGCCUCGGCAAUCAUAGAACAUAGAAUAAUACAGCACAAUACAGGCCCUUCAGCCCACAAUGUUGUGCCAACUCUCCCAUCUAACCCCCCCCCCCCCGCCUUAACUUCCUUCAUAUACCUGUCUCAUAGUCUCUUAAAUUUCACUAGUGUAUCUGCCUCCACCACUGACUCAGGCAGUGCAUUCCACGCACCAACCAUUCUCUGAGUAAAAAACUUUCCUCUAAUAUCACCCUUGAACUUCCCAUGCCUUACCUUAAAGCCAUGUCCUCUUGUAUUGAGCAGUCAUGCCCUAGGGAAGAAGUGCUAGCUGUCCACUCUAUCUAUUCCUCUUAAUAUCUUGUAUAUCUCUAUCAUGUCUCCUCUCAUCCUCCUUCUCUCCAAAGAGUAAAGACCCAGCUCCUUUAAUCUAUGAUCAUAAUGCAUAUUCUCUAAACCAAGCAGCAUCCUGGUAAAUCUCCUCUGUACCUUUUACAAUGCUUCCAAAUCCUUCCUAUAGUGAGGCAACCAGAACUGGGCACAGUACUCCAAGUAUGGCCUAACCAGUGUUUUAUAGAGCUGCACCAUUACCUCGUGACUCUUAAACUCUAUCCCUCGACUUAUGAAAGCUACAACCCCAUAAGCUUUCUUAACUACCCUAUCUACCGGUGAGGCAACUUUCAGGGAUCUGUGGACAUGUACUGCCGGAACCCUCUGCUCCUCCACACUACCAAGUAUCCUACCAUUUACUUUGUCCUUCUAAAGUAUGCCACCUCACACUUCUCCAGGUUGAACUCCAUCUGCCACUUCUCAGCCCACUUCUGUAUCCUGUCAAUGUCUCUCUGCAAUCUUUGACAACCCUCAACACUAUCCACAACACCAUCAACCUUUGUGUCAUCUGCAAACUUGCCAACCCAUCCAUUUACCACCACAUCCAGGUCAUUAAUAAAAAUUGCGAAAAGUAGAGGUCCCAGAACCGAUCCUUGUGGGACACCACUAGUCACAACCCUCCAAUCCGAAAGUACUUCUUCCACCAUAACCCUCUGCUUUCUACAGGCAAACCAAUUCUGAAUCCAUCUGGCCAAACUUCCCUGGAUCCCAUGCCUUCUGAAUAAGCCUACCAUGUGGUACCUUGUCAAAUGUCUUACUAAAAUCCAUGUAGAUCACAUCCACUGCACUACCCUCAUCUAUAUGCCUCAAAGAACUCUAUCAGGCUUGUUACACACCAUCUUCCCUUCACAAAGCUGUGUUGACUGUCCCUGAUCAGACCAUGAUUCUCUAAAUGCCCAUAGAUCCUGUCUCUAAGAAUCUUUUCCAACAGCUUUCCCACCACAGAUGUAAGGCUCACUGGUCUAUGAUUACCUGGACUAUCCCUACUACCUUUAUUGAACAAGGGGACAACAUUCGCCUCCCUCCUAAUCCUCAGGUACCAUUCCCGUGGACAACAAGGACAUAAGGAUCCCAGGAUCCCAGCCAGAGGCUCAACAAUCUCUUCCCUCGCCUUGUGGAGCAGCAUAGGGAAUAUUCCAUCAGGCCCGGGGGGGGCCUAUCCGUCCUAAUGUACUUUAAUAACUCCAGCACCUCCUCUCCCUUAAUAUCAACAGGCUCCAGAACUUCAGUCUCACUGAUAUUGUCCACACCAUCAUCAAGUUUCCUCUCAUUGGUGAAUACCGAAGAGAAGUAUUCAUUGAGGACCUCACUCACUUCCACAGCCUCCAGGCACAUCUUCUCACCUUUAUCUCUAAUCAGUCUUACCUUCACUCUUGUCAUCCUUUAGUUCUUUACAUAAUUGAAGAAUGCUUUGGGGUUUUCCUUUACCCUACUCACCAAGGCUUUCUCAUGCCCCCUUCUUGCUCUCCUCAGCCCCUUCUUAAGCUCCUUUCUUGCUACCCUAUAUUCCUCAAUAGACCCAUCUAAUCCUUGCUUCCUAAACCCCAAGUAUGGUAAAUUUAUCCCUAACAUCCUGCAAGAGAUCCCUAAACAUCGACCACAUGUCCCUGCAAAAACCUCAUCCCAAUUCACACCCACAAUUUCUAGCCUUAUUGCCUCAUAAUUUGCUAUUCCCCAAUUAAAAAUUUUCCGGUCCUCUCUGAUCCUAUCUUUUUCCAUGAUAAUGCUAAAGGCCAGGGAACGGUGGUCACCCACUGAGAGAUCUGUGACCUGACCUAGUUUGUUAUCAUUCAUCUUGAAUGUUACAAUAAAAAUGAAGAUUUGGAGGAUGCAAUCAUCAAAAGCAUUAUAUGAAGGCAGCCUAUUAUCUGCACUAGGUAUCUGUGCUGAUUUUGUUCACUUACAGUCAACCAAAAAAACAUAGUAGCAUACAUUGGAUGAAUUCCUCCCUUGAUAGCUAUAGGAAUUAAUACACACUUUUAUUGUGCUGUAGUAGUUUUGGUAGUCUUCCAGUUUGUUCUGAAUUUCAAUUAAAUGUAUAA